CCAGACCCAGAGUCGUUAUCGGCCAUGGAGCCGCCAGCCCCACGGCACCCACUCCCUGGCCACCAGCGCCCCCAGGCACCGUGGCUCCUUCAGCCAUUCGUCCUCACCGAAAACUUCUACCCUGCAGGUUUGCCUAACCCCAGGCCGGAGCACCCCUUCCAGGCACCCCCUGCUGUGGUGGCACCUGGUACACCCCGGGCCCCCCCCCCAGGUUUCCAGAUGGCUCCGUGCGGCUGCUUCUUUGACCCCCGUGUCUUCCACAUAGAGUGGACCACAACCAACCUCCCUUCGCCAGCCACCUUCACGCUCGUUGGAUCUGCUUCACUGCCUGGCACUGCUCCACAGGGUCCCCAGAGCUGCACACCCCCCCCAGCCUGGGUGCCCCCCCUGCUCUUCAUGCCCUAUGACCCUCAGGGGAGAGUGGCAGCCCCUGCCCCCCCAAGUCUGCCACCAUCCCUCCCCAGGUUCCAGCACCUGGAGGGGAAGCUCCAGCAGAUGAAAUUCUCCAGCACAGCUGACCCCACAGGGGUACCCAUGGGUGGGGGCAUCCUCCUGGGCAGCGAUGUCCCCAAGGACAGCAGCAUCCCCCUGAAUGGUGGCAAUGCAGCCCUGGGCAAAUCUGUCAUUCCUGAUACCCAAGCAAUGGGGGAUGCCCCGGAGAGCCCAAGCACGUCACUGCCCGAGGAGGUGCUGCUGGAGGAGGCCAUGAGGCUCUUUGACUGUUCCCUGGGGGCAGGGGAGGGCAGCCAGGACAGUCCCAGCAGCGUUCCCAUACCCGAGGAGCCCAGUGACACCAACAGCUCCAACCCCUGCUACGACAUCAGCUCACUCUGGCUGCCCGAGGAGAUGCUUUCCUCUGACUACAGCAUCCCCGAGGCCUCCAAUGCCAUCCUGAGCAUGGAGCACCUUGAGGAGAUCAGGCUGAACCCAGAGGAGCUGCAGUAUGACCUGCCAUUACUGCUGUCACCACAGGACAACACAUUUCAUCCCAAAACCAGGCUGGAAAAGCGAGGGAAAAAACGGCAGAACAGAUCAUUGCCAAAAAAAGGCAGCAAGCGCAAAGCCUCCGCAGCCAGCGCUGGGGUGGAAGGGCAGCACUAGACCCAUUGUAGGGGUGGGAGGG